AUGAGCUCCUCUUCAUCAUUUUAGCAGUAGUAGUAGUUCUUCUGAGGAAGAGAAGGUCUCAAAGAAGGAUGAUUAUAAUUUUUUGAAUCAGAGUCCUCCAAAUUUCUAUCUUGCAAAAAUACAUGGAAGUGCUUGAAAAGUAAAGGAUCUUGAUCAAAUUAUUUCAAAGUAUGUAGAAAAUUCAAAAGGUAAUCCGAUGUAUUAUUGUCCUUGCUGUCAGCUUCCAACUCUUGAGUCUGUCCCUCAAUACGACCUGACUUGUAACAUCAUCGAUUUGAAUGAUCUUGGUUCAGGGAUCCCUCUAUACUUCUAUUUCAAUGUGUAUCUGGGAAUAUUGUGCUUCAUAAUGUCUCUUCUAGUUGGAAUCCCAAUGACCAUAAUUUUUGCUAAAGCAAAUCGCCAAAACGAAUGGCUUGAUGGGGAAGAAAUCUCGUUUCUCUCACUCUUCUCAAUUGGAAGUCUCGGGGAAUCUCCAGAAAACUACUCAGAUUAUGAGAUAGAUCUUCUUAUCGGAUUUGGCCUUGCCACAAUUAUUCUCAUCUACAUCAGUGCUGUUUUGUUAAAAUAACCAUCAAUCAAGAGUGAUUAAGAAGAUUGAUGAGAACAAUAUCACUCCAGGGGACUUUGCCAUAAUGCUUAGCAAUGUCCCUAAGGACAAGACUGAAGUUGAAAUAAAGAUAUGGAUAAAGUCCUUGCUAAAGGAAGUUGAGAUUGAAAAUAUCAGCAUUGCUUAUGACAUUAAGCAACUCGUUUCAAAAAUUAAACAGUGCGAAAAAUUGAAGAAAGCCUUGCAUAAUCCUAAAAAACCCGGUCGUUAUGAUCUUGAAAAGCUCAGAGAGGAUAUUGGAGUGCUAGAGAGGGACAUCAGCCAAACCAAAGCAGAUAUGAAAAAGCUCAUAAGUACCUAUAGAUCCACUGGAAAUGUCUUUGUGAUUCUGAAUAAACAAAGCCAAGCUGAGAAGCUAGUUUCCUUAUUUCGAAGAUAUUUCUUGGUCAAAAUCAUCGUCUUCAUCUUCAUCAAAAUUUUCCGUUGAAAUAAGUACGUAGAUAAGAUGUGGUGGGACGGGAGAAGAAUCAACAUCGAGAGAGCAGCAGAACCUACUGACGUCUUCUGGCAAAACAUGUCUGUUACUUUUUGGACGAGGUUCAAGUACAGGAUUCUUUCUUAUGCAAUCACCAUUGUCCUGCUCGGCAUUGCCUUUGGAAUUAAUUUCUCCCUCACGAUGUUAUCAAAGUCUGUAGAAGAGACAGCUGAGAAGUCAGAUGAAGAGUUUAUCAGAAAUGUUAAUAGAUUUAUUGCUUUACUGAGGUCAAUUGUGGUGUCAAUUAUGAAUGUAGUACUCAAGCAGAUCAUGCUGAAGCUGACCCAUUUAGAACGAGACAAUACUUUCACCAAAUAUAAUCUCUCAAUCACUUUGAAAUAUUUUGUUGUAACGGCCAUAAAUACGGUAAUAAUCCCAGUCGCAACUAAUCUGGACAAGGAAACUUGGUUCUUGGCAGGUGGAUUAGUAGUAGAAAUUUUCUUCAAUUUGGUCCUCCUAUGUUUUGUUACACCACUAUUCUACAUCCUAAAUCCUGCAAUUCUUGUUAAGAAAGUGAAAAUUUUCUUAGCUAAGCGCCAAGGUAAAUCUUCCAAGUUAAAUCAGCGUGACCUAAAUCAACUCUAUGAAGGGCCUGCUUUGGAUGUAGCUAAGGGAUAUUCUGAGAUGCUGUUAAUAAUUGCAAUAACUGUGUUUUAUCUCUCGCUUGUACCUGCCUUUGCUCUGAUCUCAUGCGCAGGAAUUAUCUUUCACUAUUGGGUCAAAAAGUACAUGCUGAUCAGAAUCAACAAGAUACCCAAAUCAAUGGGAGAGGAUCUAGCUAUUGGCUUAAAUGUUGUGCUCCCUUUCAUUCCUAUUCUGUAUGCAACAGGGCAAUAUUACUUUGUUCAAGAACUCGCAGAAGGAGAAAAUAAAUUUGUAAUGCCUAUUGUUGUGCUGGCAAUGAUGUAUUAUUUGUUACCUGUAGACCUUCUUUUAAGUAAAUGAGAGAAUGAUAUUAGCAGGGAUGACAACGAGACUUAUCUUAAGAACAAAUUAAAAUUCCUCACAGACUACGAUCGAAGCAACCCUGUGACUUCACAAGAGGCCACUAAGCGAUACCAAGAGAUGCAGAGCCCUUCAAAAUUCUCUUCUCAGGAAGAGACUAAAUCACCCCACAAAGAAACCGGUCCUGAGGCUUCUACAGACGUUCUAGAACUCUUAGCUUUAUAUGGCAUGAAUACAUCUGGACCUUCAAAGGUAAACCGAAUCGAAGGUGAAAUUGAAGGGUUUAAAGUGAAUAUCCAACCUAGAGCUAGUAAGGCCAUCCCUACAUCUAGCGACGCUCGGGUUUAUCCGAAGAUAAAGUCUUUGAAACCUUCGAAAACUAUUAGAAUGGAGUCCAAGAGAAUCCUUCCUUCUUCUACAUUAAGACUUGUCAUGGCUAAUCAGCAGUAAGCUUUUAUCUUAAUAACUUAUUUUCAA